AUGGAGCUGUCGAGUGCUUAUUGCGGGAGUACCCCGGCAGCAAGUCCCUUAUUACAACACAGCCCCCUGCUUAGGGAGGGGGAGCCGCCGAGUAGAUUGCCGAUGACACAGUCUCAUCCGUGAAACUAGAGACUACCAAUUCAGCUCCGCAUACUGACCCUACGAGCCAACGAGAGAGCAAAUCCAUUGGGCGACAUCUACAGCUAAAGCAGCAGGAGAAAAGAGACUGGAAGAAACGGGGGUAGUUCAACGCAGGGAAGCGGCCGAGAGAGGGAAACGCACAGUACUGUAGCUACAGUUUUCUUUCCCCAGUGAGAACCAUUCAGUCUCCUGAAUUAACCUCGUAUCCAUUCAAAAACAGAAUUUUAGCAAGUAUAAAACAUCCAGACGGCAAAACUGGGUAAACUCUGGGAAAGCAAUCGACAACCUUGAUACCUUCACAAUGAAGAAAAACAAUUCGGCCAAACGGGGCCCACAGGAUGCCAACCAACCUUCGUCUCAGCCGGACAAAAUCGGGUGGAUUCGCAAGUUUUGUGGCAAAGGGAUUUUCAGGGAAAUCUGGAAAAACCGUUUCGUGGUGCUCAGAGGGGACCAGCUCUACAUCUCAGAGAAAGAGGUGAAGGACGAGAAGAAGAUCCAGGAGGUGAUCGACCUGACGGACUACGAGCGUUCGGAGGAGCUGCGCAAGUCCAAGAGCCGCAGCAAGAAGAACCACAGCAAGUUCACCCUGCUGCGCUCCAGACAGCCGGGGAACACGGUCCCAAAUCUGGUUUUCCUGGCUGUCAGCCCGGAGGAGAAGGAGUCCUGGAUUAAUGCUCUGAACGGGGCCAUCACCAGAGCUAAGAACAGCAUCCUGGAUGAGGUUACAGUGGAAGAGGAGAGCCUCCUGGCCCAUCCCACACGUGAUCGUGCCAAGAUCCCACACACACGCCGUCUGCCCACCCGCGGGCAUCUCAUGGCAGUGGCGUCCACCUCCACCUCUGACGGCAUGCUGACACUGGACCUCAUCCAAGAGGAGGACGCCGCCUCCCCGGAGGAGCAGGACACCUGCGACAAGAGCUUCCGGGUCGACCUGGACAAGCCAGUGGCGCAGCUCCCCUUGGGCGCCCAGCGCUCCGAUUUGGAAGGCGCCAAGUCCCCGGCGUCCUGCGAGCCGGCGGGGAAGGCAGGGAGCCUCCCCUGCAAGAGCGAGACGUCCCGGGACCGGCAGCACCCGGAGGGCCAGGCCCGCACCCCGCAGCCCGGCAAGAGGCUGAGCGGCGCGGAGAAGAGCCGCUGCGCCUCCAUGGAGGAGAUCCUCUCCCACUCGGACACGCGGGCCGCCAAGCGGGCCUUCCCCGCCUCCCCGUCGGCCCCGGCGCAGCCCAUCGGCCAGCUGCAGGACCUCAUCUCCCGCAAGCUGGAGAGGACUCAGGAGCUGCUCACCGAGGUGCGCCAGCGGGACCCCAAGGGACCGGACGCCGAGGGUCCCCGGGCUGAGGCCGAGAGGCUGCUGCAGGAGGCCGCCUCCACCUGGGGCCAGGCCCAGGAGGUGCUGGAGGAGGUGAAGGGGCUGCGGGCGCUGUACCGGCAGCUGGACUCCGCCCCCGCCGCGCCCCUCACGCCGUCGCAGAGCUGCAAGCCCAAGAGCCCCCAGCAGACUCAGUACAGGAAGAGCAUGAUGUGAUGCAGGGUCGGACUAAGUGAGACAGAAAGCCGCCACCGAACCCUCGUAAAAAGGCGACGGCGACGACCGCGAAACAAAACGAACUACGGGCAUGUGGGAAUAUGUCUGGAUUUCCUUUUUUUAAUGUCUUUCUUUUCACUCUAUGCUGUGACAAAAAAUGCACAAAUUUAGUUCCCUUGAUUGCUGAUCUCCACUUUGUGAUUUAGCGCCUUCUGUGCGUGUACGCUUUCUGUUCAGGGGAAUUGGGAGCAGGGUGAGACUCUCGUCAGGUUUCCUGACACACCAGAUUCAGUUGUCAAAGUAGUCUGGGUGCGGCGCUCCGUAGCGCUGCUCUGUCUGUACCAGGGACAGCGAGUCUGAGGCAGUCAAGGCAUCGGGCGGGCGCUGCGGUACCGCCUAGCGCCCCGUGUACGUCCUGUCACGCUGCAUCGCAGGCCCCCAGAGACAGCGGGUGAGGGGCUGAGCGCUGUGCCUCUGGGCCGUGGAUGAGGCUGGCGCAGAAGGAAGCGCUGUGCGAGCCAGACGCAGGAGCCGCGGGGACGGCCCGUCUCCUGGCUGGCCCGCCGGAAUGUGAAUGUUUUCCUUUCAUGUUUCGUAACGCACUGGAAAUGUUCCAUAACCGCACUGCUGCGAGUUCCCAGGGCUCCAAAUCAAUACACGCCGCCGAGCUGUUUCAAUAAUGCCAUUCGCUAAAAUAACUGCCGGAUGCCUGUCACCAAAUUUGUUCGAGCUGACCUAAGUCCCAUCCCUGGGCCACAGUUUAAAUUAAACACACAUGGGCGAUGUCACCAGUGGCUUGCAGGCUGACACAGUAAAUACAGUAGUCAAAACACAGAUAUCAAAAGGAAAGAUCAGGGCAACGUCAGUAUCUCGGCAGUAUCUGCAUUUGACACCAUCAGGCUUUGUUGUUUUGUGUUAAUUAAAUUUUAGCUUUUUUUUUGCAAGAUGAACAAAAAGAGUGAUAGCAUGCAAUGCCAGUGUGCUGUCUCCUACAGCAAUCAGCCUUGUGUAGAUAUUUUUUAAAUCUGGGGCCACACGCAGUUUUGGUUUUAAAAUUAAGGUAAUGGAGGCAGCAGUGAGGUUCAAAUGGAGAGCCCGUGCAGUACUUGCAGGAAUGAAACCACUGAAUAUAAAGUUAAGCAAAUAGUAAUAAUGAACUGGAUCUGUGCUUUUAGGUCUGAGGGGUUUAUGCAGUUGCACUAUGAGGAACACUGUAAAACAAGAACACUUGACACUGGUGUGCAGAAAGUGCAGAUGCAUGGAACUUGUUUUCCUGGCAAGGAAUACUUGAAUACUUGUGGGGCUUAACUUUAAGACAAUCUAGCCAGCAACCCAGGGACUGUAUAUUACAGCGUUUUGCAUCUCACUCUCAUUUCUAAUGAAAAUGGAAUACAAAAUGUAAAAACUGCCUUAGAAUACCUUCAGGUAGGAUCUGUAUGCUGUAUCUUACACCUAUGAACACUGUUUACUGUUCUGAAUAGGAACAAUAAAUUGUAAAUGCAGUGUUAUAUUAGAUGUUUGAAUAUGGGCCCUGACAUGCAUGUGCUGGGAAUCAGAAUAUGAUUGGCUGAAAGUGAUGUCAGUGCUUGGCUGUUCAUCUUCUCUGGCUGGUUUAUGCCCUGUUUUAUAUUGGAAGUUUGCCUCUGCAGUUUUGCUUACCAGUGAAUGGUCACUUUCAGGUGUGGAGUGGGAAACAGCUCAGCAGAGUGGGUCAGACAUGGCAGACAAACCAAAGGGUAUUUCUUGCCAGCAUGCCUCUCCUUGUUUUACAGUUGGUAACUUUAAAAUGUGUUUGCACAGUAGUACUGGGGGUCAUGACUCAUUCUGUUCUGUCACUCAGACUUUACUAAAACAGUGUUAUUUUUGUGUAUUUUUUAUUGUAAAAAGUGCUUUUUUGAAGGAAGAAGAAAUCUAUGCUAUUAAAAACAAAAGGCAGGGGUCGUGGACUCAAAAGGUGUCUGCUUUGAGAGUUAGAAGCAUUCUAAUCACUGUUUGUGUGGGAGCUCAGCUCUGACUGGUGUAGCUCAGCAAUGCAAAUUCAUCAGUGUAGUCAAGCUAUGCACAUAAUGGCUGAUAAACUAACGUUACUUAUUUGAAUUGAAGGGAAUUAAGCAUCAUUAUUUUUAGUAAAUAUCAGGUUUAAAAAAACAUAAUUGGUCAUGCAAAUAUUUUAAAUCUGUAAACAUCUCUUUAAACACACCCUCUUUGGUCAUAACUUUGCCUUGAAGAACCGGAUUAGUAAGCAAAGGCUUUGUCAAAGCAAAGCCUGCAUGCAGUGAAAAUAUGGAAAUAGUGAAAAAUAUCUUUAAAUUGUUUUGGACCACAAUUGGAAUUGAAAAUAAUAUUUUUCCAAAAUGGGCAAAAUUUAGUCUGUUUUUUAUUCCCAGCUGUCUGCUGGAAUGUGUGGGGAAUUACAUAGAGGCUCUGGGUCAGCUUGCACUGUUAUCAGCCUGUCUGAUUCUGUCAGAAGGAACUCUCACACUCAUUUUUGCUUGCACGUCUGUGAGAAACUCGUACGGACACAUUUCACUGGCUGUCUUGCUAAAAGAGAACUGGAAAUAAACUUUCAUUAAAAUGAAAUCACCUGGGUAGGAGGAUGUGGUUAUUAUUUUUGAAUGCUGUUCAGAAAACUUGACGGUAUCGGCUAUUAUAGAAUCAUUACUACAGGCUUCAUGAAUUUUUAAAAUUUUUUUGUGUGUUUGCUGAACAUGGAGAUCAGGUGGGCAGCUAAAGAUGUACUGCAUUGUUUAAGAAUAUGGGGACAGUCACAAGCCUCUGAAUCAUGGCUUUUUUAUUCCUCUGUCAGUCUUUACAACCGUAUUAGUCACUGCCACUAGUACAUACAUAACACCCAUGCAUAUUGCUUAGAGUCAAUAUAUGCGUACAGUGCAAGUUGGCUGAAAACAGAUGUUUCCAUUUGAUGGGUAUUGCUACAAAAGGGCUAAGCUUUCCACACAAAUAUUAAAACUAAGUAGGCCAUAUUACAAUGUUUACUUUAUUAGUAUUAUUGUUUUCUUCUGGUCGGAUGUAGCCUGUUGGACAAAGCACUGGCAAUCGCGAGGGUAAAUUCUUUGGUUUGUUUUUUCCUGCUUAUCAUACGUUUUAUGUUUCCAGAGAAGUUUGACUAAUCUUAAUUUUAACAAAGACUAAUUAUUAUUUGUUGAUUUGUUUUCUGGUAUGUGUGGAUUACCUACAGUGAUGUGUACAUCAGUCUCCUGUUUGUUAUUUUUGACUGACGGAUUAGCGAUAUUGUGCUUCACGACUUGCUAUGUCAAUGUGAACUUGGGUGAUUUUACUUUAAGGGGUAUGACCGCAGUGAAACAGGGUGCAGAAGCCAGUUAGCCACAACAUUUAAAAAGAAAGGCUGCCAUUGCAAUUUUGUCUGUCAGUUGUGGGUUCAGCAUUACUGCUCUACUUGAGCUCCUGUACAAACACUUCUGUUGCUGCCAGCUUCAUGACACAAGUCAUUGAGUGGCAUUAAAAUAUAAAUGGCUAAUUUUUUCAUUUCCUGUCAGUACAAAUUCAGUUAUGGAACUUCAGAAGUAGGAAGUGAGCUGAGAAGAGCAACUGAACUAGACUUAGUGUAAUGGCAACCUUGAUAGCAUACCAGAGUUAUGCCAAAGAUUACUGGGCAAUUCAAGGUAGGUAUGUAUGUCAUCCAGCAAAUGAUUAAAGAUAAUUCAUAAUUUAAUGGAUGAGUAGACAAGCUGUCUCUUCGGUUGUCACGUGUCUUGCACUUGGUGUGGAUGGUCUGACUUCAGCCAGAAUAACCUUCAGAUGCAACAGCCACCUUUUCUAUUCGUCGGCCAAUCAGUCGACCACUGAGCACGGCAGCACAAAUAGAGGAGGUUAGCAUUAGCUGAAAACGUUCCCUGUAUUAGGUUCCAGAAACUGGCUUAUUUAUCCCAGAAAUAUGGCAGAUAGUGUGAAUGUUUCUGUUGCUGGACUUAAUUGAAAUGUUUCAACCAUACAAUGCUGAUGAAAUGUUAAAUGAAUGUGCUGUGUGAAUGCUUAUUGUGGUGAAGCCAUUAACAAAACAGUAAAGCCAUUCACUUUACAGCAAGUAAAGACGUGAGACAGAGUGGAAUGCAAUUACAGGACAUAUAAAUUGUUUAUCAAGCAUACUGUGUGACUAAGGUAGAGUUACAUAUUGUUUGUAAUGUACAUUCAUUUGAAGAAAUAAUGUUUUCAUUAGGAUUUAAUCGUUUGAUAUGACUGUUUGUGGUUACACCAUGGCUACUACAUCUCCACAUAUUAGUUAUUAGUGAAUUUUAAGAGAUCACUUCCUGUUUAACUUCCCAAAAAAUAUUUCUGCCAUUUUGGAACCGAUUGGUCUGAAGGUUGUUUUGGUUGAAGUCUUCUACUGAACUUAUUCUAAAGCAAAAAGUCUUCCUUUGAUGUCUGAAGAGUAUUUACAUACAUUUCAUUUUCAUUUUACAUUGCUUUUCCUCUGUGGCUUAGAGGGGAAUUUUAUUAACACGUUUUUCAUGUACCAAAUGGUAGUUACUUUAGCCUUAAAAUGGAGUUUGGGUUUGUACAAGGGCUUCGAAUCUGUAUAGCAAAGGCAAAGGAUUGUCACCCACAUUCAUACAUGGUACAGAUGCUUGUUUCAGAAUGGUGCAACAGAAACUACACCAUAAUGAGUGAAUUGAUUUCUUUAGUUGACUGAAGAUAUUCAGCGUUCUCUGGCUGAAAUUGGUUAAGCCUUGAGAUUUCAGGGUUUAAUGUGAAUAAACGUGCUAUAAAAUGAAAAGA